AAGCAUGAAACACUUAACAGUUUCUUCACUACUGUCUAGAAAUUUUUACUUGGCAGUCAAGGAGAAAAAUAGCAUUCAAAAUGAAAUUGAUUUUCGUCAGCGUAAUUGUUCUGCUUGCAGUUGAUGGUUUAACCGCUCAAGGUGGUCCAGGUGGUGGAUUCGGUGGUGGUAUGGGUGGAGGACCAGGUGGUCAAAGUGGAGGAGGAGGUGGAAUGUCUAUGGGUAUGGGAGGAGGAGGAGGACCAGGUGGUAUGGGUGGAAUGUCGAUGGGAAUGGGAGGAGGAUCAGGUGGAAUGGGUGGCCAAGGAAUGUCGAUGGGUAUGGGAGGAGGAUCAAGUGGUAUGGGUGGCCAAGGAAUGUCAAUGGGUAUGGGAGGACAAGGUGGUAUGGGAGGAGGAUCAAGUGGUAUGGGUGGGCCAGGAAUGUCGAUGGGUAUGGGAGGACAAGGUGGUAUGGGAGGAGGUGGUAUGGGAGGAGGAUCAAGUGGUAUGGGUGGAUUCGGAUUCGGAAUGGGUGGACAAGGUGGUAUGUCCAGUAGAUCAAGUGGAGGAUCCGGAGGACAAGGAGGAUUUGGUUCGCAAAGUAGUUCUAGUGGGCAAGGUGGAGGAUUUGGAAUGCAAAUGAGCUUAGGUGGUCGAGGUGGUAUGUCCGGAGGAUCAGGUGGCAUGGGUGGAGGAUUUGGUAUGCAAAAUACUUCAGGUGGGUCUGGCGGUAUGUCCGGAGGACCUGGUGGUAUGGGCGGUGGAUUUGGAAUGCAAGGAGGAUUUGGAAUGCGAAAUAGUACAAGUAGUUAAGGCUUAACGUGAAGAGGACAAUAUUGUAUCAACCUAGAAAAUGAUAAAUUCACCACUUAAAUCCAGCCCUAUUAGAAUUAUAAUAAAUAUAUUUCAUGUAAUUGAAUUUCUAAAACAGAAUCUAAUUUUGGAUAUUUACUGUCAGUUCUUCAUCUCUUUGUGUUUUUAAAUAAAGAAACAAUUUUUAACCAAA